AUGCGUUCUAUCCAUUCUGGAGAUAGGCCAGACUUGCAAGUUCUUCUAAUGCUAGACUCGGAUAAGUGGGAGUUAGUAUUUACUGAGAUUUCGCGAUUAGACCCUCGUGCAGAUAAGCAGAGCAAUGAUUGGAAGAAAUUGAAUCGUCUAUGUAAGGAUGGAUUUGACGCUAGAUUCAACGAAUUGAUUAAGGAGAAAGUUGUCGAUGCUGAUGAAGCUAAGUGUCUGAUCAAUGAGCUUCUCCAAAUCCCUUUCAUAGGAAUCCAAGUGAUAAGUAAUCGUGUGCUAGUUUUUGGGAUUGACUUUUACAAUAAUUCCUUUUAUCGCUCUUUUAGAAUCUGUGAAUAUACCAUCCCCUUAAGAGUUUCUGACCGUCAGGUUGUGGAAGAUUUUUUGAAAACUUUAGAAGAACAUGAAACCAGAUUCACGAAUCUAGAGCAGAGAGAUAAAGAAAAGACCAACCUUAUUGCUAAAAUUGAACAGAGCGAUAAAGAAAAAACUGACCUUAUUGCUAAACUAGAAUAUGACGUCUCAUUAAUCAAGGAACAAAGCUUGCAAGACAAGGACACGGCUUUAAUAAAAACCGUUAACGAUCAAGAUCCGAAAUUAUUACAUGAUCAAAAUUUGGAGUCAUUCACAAAGUCGCAACCAAUCUCUAAUGGCUCUGAUUUAUUAAAACAAUCCUCUACAGAGCAAAAUACUAACUUGCAAAAUACUAACUUGCAGAAAAUAAAAGCAUCCGAAAUAGAUAUACAGCCUUUGAUACAGGAAUUACUUCUAGAAUAUUCAGAAAAAGAUUGCAUUAGAAUUGUUAAUGUAGAGGAAGGUCUUGUUAUUGAUCGAUCACCUGCAAUCAAACUGGUCCAUCUAUUUGAAAAAACAAAUGCUUCACUGCGUGACCAAAAGUCACGCACUCAUACGACUGAACCCGUUUCCACCGAUUCAAUAUCAAAAACUGAAGCAUGUGAGGAAGCCAAGAAAACAUUACCAGAAACUGAGGUAGCGAACGAAACCUCCGAGAGCGUGGCCACUGCUUCAGUUCAUGACUCUAACCCAGAUUGUCCAGAGGGAAAUAAUUCUAGUGACACAUCAGACUCUGAUGAUAGUGAGAAUAAUGAUGAUUAUAUGGGCGCAAUGUAUUCUGACGAUGAUGAAGGUUACUACUACAAUUUAAAUACCGGCGAAACUUAUAGAAAAUCAGAUC